AUCACAACAACUAAACUCCAAACUUGCAAUAACCAUCCAAACAUCUUUUCUGUAACCAUGAGUUCGGUCCAGCAUUCUCCACUUUCUCCCCUCUUUUGCCCUUUCCAUCGAUUACACUGCCUUUUCGAUCCUUAUAAUGAGCUCACGAUAAUCAACAUUUCUUGUUAUCUUCCAAAUGUCGAAGGCCACCACCUUUACCCACUUUAUUGGUGCAAUAACAAAGAAUCAGGAGAUGAGUCUUUGUGUCAUGCUUGUACAUUUAAAGGAAUUGGUACAACCUAUUACUUUUGCCACGAAUGUGAGGUAUCAUUCCACAAAGAAUGUGUCGAGUCUCCCCCUCUAAUCAAAUCUAUUUAUCACUCUAAACACCCUCUCCAACUAGUUCAAGAUGAAUCUGCAGGUAUAUAUUGUUCUCAUUGUGAAAGUCGUUCUAGCUAUCAAGACGCAAAGUUAUAUUAUUACUGUUUUACUUGUAAGUUUAGUUUGCAUCCUGUUUGCGCGACAACACCCUCGUUCCUUAACUUUCCAAAAAGGCAUGAGCAUGACCUCAACUUCUUUCCGAGAAAAGCUGAUUUGACAUGUGACGUUUGUGGGGUUGUUGAUAGCAAACCUCUCAUUUACGUGUGUCUUCAAUGUGAUUUUGUUGUCCAUAAAAAUUGUAUUUACUUACCAUUUGUCAUAAGAAUAUCCCGUCAUGACCACCGUCUUUCUUUUGCAUAUUCUAUCUCUAGAAUAUUGUCUUGUGGAGUUUGUCGUCAAAAAGUUGACGAAAACUAUGGAAGUUAUUCUUGCACGAAAGAUUGCAGUUACACAGUGCAUUCCAGGUGUGCAACUCGGGAAGAUGUGUGGGAUGGAAAAGAACUUGAGGAAGAACCGGAAGAAGACUAUGAAAAUUUGAAUUCUUUUGAAGUGCGAUGUCAAGCAUGCAUACUUCCAGUCUAUGGUGGUGGCGUUUACAGAUGUAUGAAAUCCAACUGUGAUUUUGUACUCCAUGAAGCAUGUGCAAAUCUUCCCCGGACAAAACAACAUAUAGCACAUCCCAAUCCUUUUAUUCUACAAGUGAGUGACACCAAAAAUAUUUUCUUGUGUGAAUAUUGUCAGCGUUGUUUGUAUGGUUUCAGAUAUGUGUGUAGCAAAGGAGAUGAGUCUAUAAGUAUAGACGUGCGAUGUGCUGCAAUAUCUGAGCCAUUUGUCCAGCAAUGCCACCCACAUCCCUUGUUCUUAAGCAAUGAACUUGGAAAAUCUAGACCAUGUUCAAUCUGCGAAAACGAGAAAGUUCAAACUUUGAAUUGUAUUGAAUGCAUCUUCUUUUUGUGCUUCUAUUGUGCUACACUCCCUUAUAAAGUGAGAUAUGAGCAUGAUGAGCAUUUCCUCACCCUUUCUUACAAAGAGAAUGAAAGUCUCAAUUGGUGUGAGAUUUGUGAGGAAAUUAUGGAUUCAACCAUAUGGCUUUAUACAUGUCAUGAAUGUGGGACCGUUUUCCAUAUCCCAUGUUUACUAGGAAAAUGUCCACCUUAUGUCAAGCCUGCUCAAAAUCUCUCGUUUAAUGGUACAAAAUGUAAUAUAGUCCCGAACAAUCGUCUCACUCGACUCAUCUGCUAUGACUGCGACGGGCGUUGCCAAGAUAAACUAAUGCUCGAAUUUUAUGAUGAGGAUGGAAGAAAUCUAUUUUGUUAUCGUCACUGGGAAGUGGCCGAUUUAAGUGCAUGAAUCUGAGUGCUCGUCACUGGGAAAAAUAAUACUAAAUUAUAGUAUGUUUUAGUUGGUAUUAUCAUUAUGUGUUGCUUUUACGAGUCUGUAUUAAGGUAGUUUGUAUAUAAUAUUAAAGUUUACUUGUAAUACAUCGUAAACAUUGAAACUCUCUUAUGUAAUAUAAGAAAUAUGCAAGUUGUCAAAUUGGCACCAUGA